UUCGGUUCGCUCAGUUCAUGCAGACAGUUGGCCGCGGCCAGACCGAGGAUAGCAACCCGCCGCCACACGCGAUUCCGCCGACAGAAGAAGAAGUCGAAGAAGUAGAAGUCAUCAGCGGUGUGCGAAUCGGUUUCGAAGAGCAGCAGCGCGCGGCACUUCCGGCGUUUUUUUGGUUUUGUGGCGUCGCGUGUGCCACGCCGGUGGCCCUUGUCGGUGGCCUCGCGGAAAUUGAAUUACUACCAACCGGUGAAGGACGCCUACUGCGCCACCUGGAGCAAGGGGUGGUGAUGACAUAGACGCCCUUGUUUGUCGAAGCGGCGCGCGUGGCCUACCAAGAUCUGCUGCUGCCAAACUCAUAUGGUUUCAAACUCUGUGGUCGUCUUGUGGUGCGGAUAGCCCUACUCAGUGUCCUUUCUACGUCAAGUGCGAUUAUGUAAAGAAGAAGAAGUUGAAGAAGUGGAAGAUUUGCAUUGGAUUGCUGGCUGGAUGGGAUGAAGCAGUAGUUGUGACAACGCGUCGCUCAUCAGCUGUGCGAGAGAGAACAAAAGGAGAAACAGUGCGUCGUCGUGUUUGGCGGUGUGUGAGUGUGAUUACGGACGAAUAGCUGCUGAACCGUCGAUUUGGGAAGUGUUCCAAAAGGUGCUUUCAGCAGUGCAGUAUCGUGUUCUUCGAGAGAGAGUAAACGAUAAAAGUUGACACCGUAGUUAUCGCAUAGUGCCUGCCGCUGCUGAGAGCAAUGCAUAUUAAACGAAGAGUUCUGCUGGAGCUCGCUGAAGCCACCGUCGAAGGAAAGUUCAAGAAGAAAUGAAACCAUCGCCGACUCCGGAAUGGGGACGACUGGAAGGAUUUAGCAGUGAAACAACAGAAGCAUGAAGUCAGCAUGAAGUCUCUCUCUCUCUUGAAAUAGUGUGAAACCCGACCAAGUGUGAAUCGAGCAAAGUGUGCUAAUUCAGUGUGCUUAAGGGAGGAGAAGAGAGAAGCGGAAUAAGUCGUCAAUAAGGAUAAGUGUGUACAUAGAGAGAAGAAUCGACACAAUCUUCCCCGCUACUAUACGACAGAGAUCAUAAAAAAAAUCACGAGUGGAGAGUAAUACCCAAAGAAAAUAGUGAAAUAAGUAGCAGAAAAUUAAGCUCCGCAGCAAGUAGAGGAAAAAUAGCGUUCUUUCUAGUGAAUUUAUCUUCUUAUUCCCGAAAAUAUAUUACCCCCGAAGCAAUAGCAGCGAAGCAACGAAGUUAAAUAGAAAUAAUAAUAAUAAUAGCAAGAAUAAAAUAGUGGCGAAGAAGAAGAAGAAGCAGCCGAAGCAAAAGUAGCAGCAGUUUAGUAGUGAAAGUAGUGAAAGUGAAGAAAGGCGAAACAAAAAUAGUGUAAAAAUGCCUGUCAGACGAGGACACGUCGCUCCCAAGACGACCCUUAUUGAAACGAUAAUCAGGAAAUUUGAUACGCAUAACCGUAGCUUCCUAGUGGCCAAUGCGCAGCCGGAAUCGUGCCACAUCAUCUUCUGCUCGGAUGGCUUCUGCAAGAUGACCGGAUUCACGCGGGCCGAGGUGAUGCAGCGGUCGGCCUGCACCGAGUUCCUGCAGGGCCAGAUGACCUCCCAGGCGGUCGUCCAGUCGAUCAAGGAGGCGCUGCGGAAGGGCGAGGAGCAGCACUUUGAGAUCCUGUACUACCGGAAGAAUGGUGUCAAAUUCCUAUGCUCCGAGGUGAUAGCCCCGAUCCGGUCCGAGGUGGACGACAUCUCGCUGUUCAUCAUCAACUUCGAGGACCUGACGAACCCGACCACGCCGGAACCGAUCGAGCAGGUCAAGCUGAGCAAAUUUCCCUUUCUUUCAGUUGACCGAGCGCGGGCCAGCUUUCGACAAUCGUUCCGGAUCGGUCACAUCGCCCUGCGGGACCGGGGUCUGCGGCUGGCCGGGUAUCUGACGCCGCCCUCGGAUGCCACCCAGGAGGAGGAGGAGAUCGGGAUCAACCGAAGUGCCAUUGAGAGGGGGUUUUGCAGCGACCGGGUCAGCCAAACGACGGUGCUCAAGGUGGAGACGAACAUCUGGACGCCGAUGUCGACGCCGGCGCUGACGAGGACCAAAGAACUGGAAGCGAUGGGCCCCGACAUCGACACGCUCAGUGGACCAGGCGAAAUUGUGAUAACGUCUCCAGAGACGGCCAAACUGGAAGUGACCCCGGUGGAGCAUUCGACGCCGACGAUCGUCGACGUCAAACCAGAGUUUCAGCAAACCAAAAGUUUAGACUUUGAUGUACAAUCAAAACUUGUAGAUCCCGAAAACACUAAACUAAUCCACUCUUAUGAAAGUACGCACGCGAAAAAUUGUCGAGGGUUGAUAGAGAAGCGUGCCCAUACGAUAGACGAUUUUAUGCGAGGUAAAGCCCGUUUAUUUUCGAAAACCAACAAAAAAAAACGCUUAUCAAAACCAAACCAAAACUUAAAUCUCAAAUUUGCAAGCAAAACAAGCAAAUCUUUGUAGAUGAACAUGCCAACAAAAAAAAACCAAUACUUCUCUCUUCUCUAAACUCUGUCUCUUUCAAAACUGCCUCACUUCUUCAAUUCAAAAAUCAAAUGCAACUUCAUGCUCUUUCCGAUACUUUCCACUAGAAGCAAAUAUGUGCAUUUUAUCGCAAUUUCGUUUCCCCCAAAAACUUUUCCUUUUCAAAAUUUCCAUAGAAACCGGGAAAGCCUAAUGUCAAACUAAUGUUCGUUUCGCACUCUUUUUCGUAGACUCAUUUU